AUAAUGUCGAUGAGAAAAAGUUUUGUUGUGCUGUUCGUUUCCACCAUGUUUUGGGGACCUCAUAAAUGUGAACAUGUCAGGGUUGAGAAACGAAGUCAAAUCAAUCCUUCAACUCUCGCAGACGUGGCAAAAAUCUUGACUGACUACGCUAAAAGAAUAAAGGAUCUGGAGUCAAAGCAAGGAUGGUGUAAGGAUGGCGCGCCAGGAGCACCAGGGUUACCAGGGAAACCAGGCAAGGAUGGCCGUGAUGGAGUCGGUUUGCCAGGAAAAGAUGGUACCAAUGGUAUACCAGGAAAAGAUGGCAUCAAUGGUUUGCCAGGAAAAGAUGGUGCAUCAGGGAAAGAUGGCGUCGGUUUACCAGGCUCACCAGGUCCAAGAGGACGAGAUGGUCGUGAUGGCCUACAUGGUACACCGGGACCGCGGGGAAGUCCUGGUUUGCAAGGUCUACGUGGUGCUCAGGGACUAAAGGGUCCUCCAGGUCCUAAAAGUGCUGGUGUUCAGUACAUACGCUGGGGAAGGACCUCUUGUCCUUCUGGUGCUAACCUCGUCUACAAAGGUCGUGUUGGAGGGGAGGAUCAUAAUAAUCCCGGUGGAGGCUCUAACUAUGUAUGCCUUACAGAGGCACCAAAAUACGCAAGUUACACAAAUGCCCUCAAAACGGUUUCGGCACUUAUGUAUGGAGCAGAGUACCAGGUUCAUUCCGCCAAUCAUCCCAAUCCAUUCAACAACAAGAACCUUCACGAUCACGACGUCCCUUGUGCUGUGUGCUUCAUUCCAAAUCGCAACGCGAAACUUAUGAUCCCGGCAACAUACGAGUGUCCCUUGGGAUGGUCCAAAGAGUACUGGGGAUAUCUUAUGACAGAGUAUUACAAACAUCCCAACCAGAGGAAUUUCAUUUGCGUCGAUCAAGAUGCUGAGCCUGUCAAAGGAACCUUUCAUAAUCAUAACGGCGCGUUGUUGUACGGUGUCCAAGGAAGGUGUGGCUCUCUGCCUUGUCUUCCUUACGUAGAAGGACGGGAACUGACAUGCGUAGUGUGUACCAAGUAAAAUCGUGACAUGCGCAAUACGCCAAGAUAUAUAUGUUCAUGACCGAUCAGUUUAACGCAAUAUAUAUAUUGUAAAAGUAUGAGUAAAUAAAACAGUUAGAAAUGCAGAAAAUAAUUAAAUAAUU